AUUGCCAAUAUGGCUGCGCCCAUUCUGAAUCUGAAAGCGUGGUGUGCGUUUAGAUGCUCGCAGCCGAAGUGACAUAACAGUGUCGUGUCAUCGUUUCUGUGCUAUGUGAUUCCGUCGCGUACGUGAAGUAUUCGCGAGUGAAUCACAAUACAAACAUGAAGCGCAGUCGUAAUGUGAGAGGCGAGAUGCGUGCGAACGCGCCGCCACCAACGCACGGUGUUGACGUUUCAAGACUCUCGAGAAAGAAGCGACGUAAGCUGGAGAGAUCGGAGAAAAAAGUUCGACGACACGCAUUUCACAUGAAGAAUAAGGGAAUCAUCCAAAAAGAGAUGGAGAGGAUAUGCCAAAAGCUCCACAUCACCCAGAAACCAACAAGUGAUGACAAGACCCUUGCUAAAGACCACCGUGCGAAACAGUCUAAACAGGAGGAGCCUGCAUUGAAGAAACCAACCAAGCGUGAGCAGGAAGCAGUUCGCAAAAAGAACCUUCGUGAUGACAACAAGCAAGAAGAUAGAGUUAUCAAACAGAUGGAGAAGUUGCUGUUCCUCAACAAGCGAAAGAACAAGAAUAUGCCCAAGUCAUUCAUUGACGAGGGCCUGGACUAUCUCCUAGAAGUUGCGGACAAGAAAUACCAGAACACCCACGAGGAAAGUGACAAUGAUGACACCAAUGUGUAUGUGAACCCUGCUAAAAGAAAAAGAAAGUUGGAGGAGAGUAGAUCUUUAAGUGCUGGGAAGAAACAGAGGACUCAUUCAGACAGUGAAGGAAGUGAAAACGAAUUUAGCGAUGAUGAUGAUUAUGAGCUUUCACACAAAGCAUCAGCUGCGAAAGGACUGCCUAGUGCUGAAUAUCGGAGUAGUGAAGAUGAUGAAAUCAGUGAUGAUGACGACAUUGAUGAGGAUGUAGUGACGAAGAUGCUGGUGAAGAUGUGGAAGGAGGUGACGAGUUUGAUGAAGACGUCGUCAGUGAUGAGGAAGCUAGUAGGUUACAGUGGUGAAGACAACAGUGGUGACGAACUUGGCUCUGAAGAUGAAUCAUUCGAUUCUGAGAACAGCUCUUCCGGCAUGGUCUCUGACCCACGGCGUGAAAGGGCAGGAAAAACACAGUUGCUUGAAAAUCGUGCCCAGACAUCACCAAAAAGGUGACUUGCUGCUAAACUGUCAGGUACGACAAAGCCUAACGAAUUAGUUGACAAAAGCAAAAGCUGCAAGAACACUCCAGAAGAAGAUGAUGAAGAUGAAAUCUCAUUUGACGAUGAAAGUGGAAGCUCAGGAGAAGAGGAAGAAGCACUAGUUGGAUCAAAAACACUUGGUGAGGGGCAAUCCCAAAAUACAGCCAAGCAAUGUGCCACAUCUUCAGAUGGCACGUGGGAAGAUAUAUAUGGACGGUUGCGCGAUAAGGAUGGCAACGUGGUGUCACAGAAAUAUGUCCCGCCCGCCAAGAGACUCCAAGGCAUCAACCUUAGCUCAGCGAAGAAAGAGGAGCUGGCCAGGCUUAAGAAACAAGUUAAAGGCUUACUGAACAGACUAAGCGAAACCACAGUACAGCCUAUAGGAAUGGAGAUGGAGGAGCUGUACAAAAAGCACAGCAACAAUGAUGUCAACUCUACCUUGAAUCUUUGUCUGUCUGAGUCGAUCAUUGCACCUUUCUUGACUCCGGAGCGUCUUGUGAUGGAGCAUGCGAUGCUUGUCGCAUACUUGCACUGCAACGUGGGAACCGAAGUAGGUGCACAGAUACUCCAGGACAUGGCUGAGAAGUUCAAUGAAUUGUAUGAGCAGCAACAAGGUAGCAGCAAUGGGAAGGAAGUUGACAACUGCGCUUUGUUUAUAUCAUACCUCUUCGUCUUCAAGGUGGUUCACUCAAGAAUUGUCUACGACAUCAUACGAAAAUUGGCUGAGACCUUCAGCGAAAAAGACGUGGAGACCAUUCUUCUCAUACUGCGUUGUGUUGGAUUCGCCCUUCGAAAACAUGACCCUAUGGCCCUAAAGGAAGUUGUGGUCCUCUUGCAACGCAAGAGUGCUCAAGACACUGUCGGAGCCCAAGACUCCAGAAAAAGAUUCAUGAUGGACAUACUAAAUGCUGUCAGAAAUAACAACAUACAGAAGAUCCCGAACUGUGACCCCAGCAUGGUGGAGCAUGCAUCUAAAGUUCUUAGAGGGCUGUUUCGAAAGGGUUGUUUGUUGCAAGAACUGAACAUCUCACUUGAGGACCUGCUAAAGGCACACGAAAGGGGCAAGUGGUGGGUAGUUGGAUCAGCAUGGGCAGGAAACGAGGUGUCAUCGGAUAGGAAAACAAGCACACCGUCAGUGCAGCCAGAGUUUUCAAGCAAAAUCUUGAAACUGGCUCAGAAGCACCACAUGAACACUGACGUCAGAAGAAACAUCUUCUGCAUUAUGAUGACUGCUGAGGACUACCUGAGCGCCAGUGAGAGAAUCAUGCAUCUGAACCUGACUCCAACACAGGAGCGUGAAAUGUGUCACGUCCUUUUGCACUGCCUGCUCAAGGAGAAGCAGCACAACCCUUUCUAUGCCUAUCUGGCCCAGUUCUUCAUCAAGCGAGACCGGCGUUUUUACAUGAGCCUUCAGUGCGCAGUCUGGGACAAGUUCAAGGAGCUGGAUCGACUGAGUCCAACAGCUCUGGCCAAUCUAGCCGAAUUUCUAGUCAUCUUGCUGUCACAAGAGGCCCUGUCACUGGCUGUUCUUAAGACGAUCCAAUUUGUGGACAUGAGCCCGGCGCUGCUGAAACUCCUGCGAACACUGUUCAGCAGCUUGCUGCUGAACCGACCUCAGGGUGUCUACGAGAAAGUAUUCCUGAAAGUGGCGGAUGCACCCAAGCUACGUCUUCUGAGAGAAGGGCUGUGCCUCUUCCUCAGGCAUUUCUUCCUCAAGGACCCAGACAUGGACUCCACAGUCCGCAGCACACUCAAGCAGCAUGCUGAGCAUGCAGAGGAGACCCUUAGCAGGACUGACAAGAAAGCCAUUUUGUAAAUGUAAAUUAAAACAGAUUUGAGCCUUCAG